AUUUGCGCAGCUGCUUAUCUCCCUUUACACACCCACGCACACGCACACCCUUACAAACCAGGACCGGGCUGCCGCAUUCACACGAGGCGCUCUGGCGUCUUUCGCCACAACCUCCACCGAGCAACCCGCGAGCGAGCGCACAGGAACGCGCAUAACGAUGCUGCGCGCAUUUUAACCAGGAGGACCGAGAGGGAGCAACGACGGCGGUCUUCGGAGGAGCGCUGCGCAGGUCGGUCAUGGUCGGCCGGGGGCUCCGGGGGUGCAAGCCCCGGUUCGGGAAGCGAGGCGGCCGGCUCUGGGUGUGCGCGGCGGCGGCGGCGGGCGCGCUCCUGCCGGCCCUGCUCUUCGUGGACCUCAUCGAGUCGUGGGUCACCUCCCUCGGCAUGGACACGGCGGUGGAGCCGCACGCCGGCGCCAUCAUCCCCCCGCAGAGCGUGCCCCCCACCCGGGCGGAGGAGUUCCUGCUCAUGCCCAGCCCGCUCAUCUGCCAGCGCGCAAAGCCUUUCCUCGUCACCAUGGUUACCUCGGCGCCCGCCAACCAGAGGGCGCGCCAGGCCAUCAGGGAAACGUGGGGCGGGGAGGUGAAAGUGAGGGGCCUGCGGGUCGUGACCCUCUUCAUGGUGGGCGCCGCGUCCGACCCGCGGCUGGCCAAGCUGCUGAUAGAGGAGGCCAGGGAGCGGGGGGAUCUGGUGCAGGGCCGUUUCCUCGACACCUACUCCAACCUCACCCUGAAGACCCUGUCCAUGCUGGGCUGGGCCCGCCGGUUCUGCCCCCAGGCUCACUUCAUGGCCAAAGUGGACGACGACGUCCUGUUCAACCCCGGCGCCCUCCUGCACUUCCUGAACAGGAGCCAGAACCCCUACGAGCAGGGCGACCUGUACCUCGGCAGGGUGCAUCUCCACGUGGCCCCGGACCGCGACCCGGGGAGCAAGCACUACCUCCCUUCGGGGGCCUACCCUCGCCCGGUCUUCCCGGACUACUGCAGCGGCACAGCCUACGUCCUGUCCCGCUCCGCAUUGCUCAAGGUGUCCCUGGCGGCCUCCGCGUCGCCUUUAUCCACGCCUCUGCCCCCCGAGGACGUGUUCGUGGGCCUGUGCGCCCGGGCGGCCGGAGUGCGGCCCUCGCACUGCCCGCUGUUCUCCGGGGGCCCCGGGGUGCCGUACGGCCGCUGCUGCUAUCAGGCCAUGGUGUCCGUCCACCACGUGCCCCCCAGGGAGAUGCUGCACUACUGGGCCGACGCCCAGACGUCCAAGCCUUGCUCCUGGCUGAGUCAGCGCGCCUCGCUGGGCUUCUGCAAGGUGGUUUGUAUUGACGGCACUUUGGGAGACCAGCUGACACUCGGCUCCACGCCAAAGAAGAAACCAGUCAGUCAAGAUAAUCGCCGAGAGCUUUGACCGCCACAUGAAACUGCUCAAAGGUGAACUAUGAGACGUUCACGCAAACAACGUGGCUCUAAACGGCGAUACGAGCACCGGGCAUUGUCGCUUCUUUGAAGAACAAGUGUUAUCGGACUCCUCGGCCGGGUUAGUUACUAAUUAAGCUCGGAGUCAAAUUAAAACGGGGUCGACGGCGGCGCGUGGAGUAGAGAGGGCGCGCCGGGAGCCGCAGGGUUGGCGGCUCGAACCCUGGCUGCUCCGUGUCCCGGAGCAAGACACAGAACCCCUAAUUGCUCCCCGGGCAAAACGUAAAAACCAUGGGUUAGAAAAAUGUAAUGCAAGUCCAUUUGGCUCAAUGACCCGUGACGAAAUGUAAGAGGAAGCGUAACUGUCGCUCUCACGUGUUCCAUCUAGCCGGCCGUUCCAGUUAUUACCGGUGCAACUGCCAAUCUUAGAUGAAGGCGCGGCGGACACAUUGUUUCUGCUCUGCGUUACUUAGAAGUUUCAAAAAUAGACUUUUGGGGGAACUACGAGUUCUUGUCUUGUCGUGGUUACGCAAGACUUGAGGUCGGACGCACCUUCCGCUGAACGGAGGAGA